UUCGUGUUUGAUGGACAUCCCCCUCCCCUUUCAGGCUAUUGCAAUGAUGAAAUGUGAGGGUGUCCUGGCCAUUUAUAGCAGCAGCUUCUGGGUCGGGAUUGGCCGGUGCGGCUUCCACUUAUCAUUUUCCACUUCAAUGACCAUUCUCAUUCUUCGGAGGCAGAUAUCGCUUUCUCGGAAUCAGAGAUGCUCGAGGUUCUAGUCUCAUGCAUGGCGAUGGAGCAGAC